UCUUGUUAUCGCAGAGUGAAGUCCCUCCAGCCGGGCGCGGGGAGCCCAGGGUGGCCGCGGUCGUGCGCCGGCCAGAUGCAUGGUCCUGCUGCCGUCUCCGUGCCACUCACACCGCAGGAGGCUUUGCCCUGGGACCAGAUGAAAAAUAAGAACUAAAAUUUCAAGACACAAACAGUCUCCGCCGGUCAAGAAACCCUCCAGCGUCUUUUGCCAUGGAGUUGGAAGAUGAAGAAAACAUGAGUUCCAGCAGCACCGACGUUAAGGAAAACCGUAAUCUGGACAACGUGCCCCCCAAGGAUGGCAGCACCCCGGGGCCUGGCGAGGGCACCCAGCUCUCCAACGGGGGUGGCGGCACCAGCAGGAAGCGGCCCCUGGAGGAGGGCAACAACGGCCACUCCAAGUACCGCCUGAAGAAACGGAGGAAAACCCCGGGGCCCGUCCUCCCCAAGAACGCCCUGAUGCAGCUCAACGAGAUCAAGCCGGGUCUGCAGUACACGCUGCUGUCCCAGACGGGGCCCGUGCACGCGCCCCUGUUCGUCAUGUCUGUGGAAGUGAACGGGCAGGUCUUUGAGGGCUCUGGCCCCACAAAGAAAAAGGCAAAACUCCACGCCGCCGAGAAGGCCCUGCGGUCGUUCGUGCAGUUUCCCAACGCGUCCGAGGCCCACCUGGCCAUGGGGCGGACCCUGUCUGUCAACACGGACUUCACGUCCGACCAGGCCGACUUCCCGGACACGCUCUUCAACGGCUUCGAGACUCCGGACAAGUCGGAGCCGCCCUUUUACGUGGGCUCCAACGGGGACGACUCCUUCAGCUCCAGCGGGGACCUCAGCCUGUCGGCGUCCCCGGUGCCCGCCAACCUCGCCCAGCCUCCCCUCCCCGUCCUGCCGCCGUUCCCGCCCCCCAGCGGGAAGAACCCGGUGAUGAUCUUGAACGAGCUGCGCCCGGGACUGAAGUACGACUUCCUCUCGGAGAGCGGCGAGAGCCACGCCAAGAGCUUCGUCAUGUCUGUGGUCGUGGACGGGCAGUUCUUUGAGGGCUCGGGGAGGAACAAGAAGCUUGCCAAGGCCCGGGCCGCACAGUCUGCCCUGGCCACCGUGUUUAAUUUGCACUUGGACCAAACGCCGUCUCGCCAGCCCAUCCCCAGCGAGGGCCUGCAGCUGCACUUGCCACAGGUGCUGGCCGACGCUGUCUCUCGCCUGGUCCUGGGUAAGUUUGGUGACCUGACUGACAACUUCUCCUCCCCUCACGCUCGCAGAAAAGUGCUCGCAGGAGUCGUCAUGACGACAGGCACCGACGUCAAAGACGCCAAGGUGAUAAGUGUCUCCACGGGAACGAAGUGCAUUAACGGAGAAUACAUGAGCGAUCGCGGCCUUGCUCUGAACGACUGCCAUGCAGAAAUAAUCUCCCGGAGGUCCCUGCUUAGGUUUCUGUACACGCAACUUGAGCUUUACCUAAAUAACAAAGAUGAUCAAAAAAGAUCCAUCUUUCAGAAAUCUGAGCGAGGCGGGUUUAAACUGAAGGAGAACGUUCAGUUCCAUCUGUACAUCAGCACCUCUCCCUGCGGGGAUGCCAGAAUCUUCUCACCACAUGAGCCAGUCCUGGAAGAACCAGCAGACAGACAUCCAAACCGCAAAGCAAGAGGACAGCUUCGGACCAAAAUAGAAUCCGGGGAGGGGACGAUCCCGGUGCGAUCCAACGCCAGCAUCCAGACGUGGGACGGGGUGCUGCAGGGGGAGAGGCUGCUCACCAUGUCCUGCAGCGACAAGAUAGCACGCUGGAACGUGGUGGGCGUCCAGGGCUCCCUGCUCAGCAUCUUCGUGGAGCCCAUCUACUUCUCCAGCAUCAUCCUGGGCAGCCUGUACCACGGCGACCACCUCUCGCGGGCCAUGUACCAGCGCAUCUCCAACAUAGAGGACCUGCCGCCCCUCUACACGCUCAACAAGCCCCUGCUCAGCGGCAUCAGCAACGCGGAGGCGCGGCAGCCGGGCAAGGCGCCCAACUUCAGCGUCAACUGGACGGUGGGCGACUCAGCCAUCGAGGUCGUCAACGCCACCACGGGGAAGGACGAGCUGGGCCGCGCGUCCCGCCUGUGCAAGCACGCACUGUACUGUCGCUGGAUGCGCGUACACAGCAAGGUCCCCUCGCACCUGCUGCGCUCCAAGAUCACUAAGCCCAACAUGUACCACGAGUCCAAGCUGGCAGCCAAGGAGUACCAGGCCGCCAAGGCGCGCCUGUUCACGGCCUUCAUCAAGGCGGGGCUGGGCGCCUGGGUGGAGAAGCCCACGGAACAGGACCAGUUCUCGCUCACGCCGUGACCGGGCGGGUGCCCCGGGGUGCUGGGGGCUGCGGGGUGCCUGGCGUCGGCCCCAGGACCUCGCGUCGGAACUGGGGGCAGCGGCGCACCCUGGGGAGGGCUCGGGGGUUGUCCGGGGUCGUCCCCGGCAUCUCACGUCGGAGCCGGCACAGGGUGGGACGGGCGUGGGGGACAUGGGGCCGCGUCGCCGCGCGGGUCUCUCUGCCGCCGCACCUGCCCGGAACUGUCCAGCGACGGCGUUCGCCUCCGUUUACGUUUAGGAAUUGAGUUCUACUGAGUAGGGCUUCCUUAAGUUUAGGAAACUAGAAAUUACUUUGUGUGAAAUUCUUGAAUAAAUAAUUUAUUCAGAGCUAGGAAUGUGGUUUAUAAAAUAAGAAGUAAUUAUGUCAGGUCACUUUUAUGCCACAUUAUUCCAACUGCAGAGAAGCGUUUGCCCCUGGAGGGGACGAGGAUGCGGAGGCAGACGCAGUGACCAGAGGAAGUCGCCACGUGUGUCCGAGCGUAGGGCUCCUUUCUCGUGGGCACUUCCGUGGUCAGUGCCACGCCAGGCUUCACCGUGUCCCGGGAGCCACUCCCAGCAUGACGUCGGCGACCCCACCACGCACACGGGGUCCCGCAGUCCAGACCCAGCCCCUGUAGCCGCAGCCUCCUCUAGAAGCUUCCAUACUCUGCGUAGGGUCAGAUCAUGGAAACGUUCUUGGUUUACUUCUAAAUAAUUAUGGAGAAAACGUAAUUAUGGAGAAAGCGCCCUGUGCUGGCCACUGACGCGGGUGUCUGAACAGUCCCCAGCCUUUGCGGGCUGGAAGGAGCCAGGGCGGCCGCGGGGCAUGUGGCUGCGGCUCCCUCCGCGGCUCCGCGGGGUCUGGCACGAGCCACCGCCCAGAGCGGGUCGCAGGGCGCCAGCAGGAGCAUCUAGGUAGAUAUUCAGUCUUGGAAAAUGCCACGUAAGGGUGUUUUUAAACUAUUCUUUCCAGCUUUAUCAAAGACCUGUUUGAAACAUAAAGAGCUUCCGGGCUGAGAGCAUGAGACCACGUGCCCCAGGCGGGCAGAGGCUGGAGGUCGGUGGUGCCCCAGGACGGCGGCACAGGGGCCACGGGAGGUCAGGGGCGUGGUGGGUGCCCUGCUGUGGGCGCCUCGGCCAGGCCCAGAGAUUGCACCAGUUGCCUUGUCACCUCCCCUCAGGGUGGGGAGGGCUGAGGGGGCCCCCCCUGGGGGUGCCGAGGGGGUGUCCUGGGGCCAUGGGCAGAGAUGGGCGCAGAGCCCACCCGCAGCACGCGCCUGUCCUACUGGCACCGAGCUGUGCACCGGGACAUUUUGUGUCCUUUGUGGGUUGAGGAAACCAGGAGCAGAAGGGCCACCUUCGUUCCCACCCGACCCGGGGCCCAGGCCUGGAGAACUGAGCGUGCGUGUACCUCCUGCUGUCGUGUCACCGUACCGCGGGGCUGGUCCCGGUGUGGCAGGAGGGGGCACUGCUCAGGGCUUGCUGGGGACGCAACCAGGUUCAGAGGAGGGAACGUCAGCCUCGCGCCAGCCCUCCCCUCCCGGCCGUGGGAGCAGGGUCUUGUUUGGGCAGAACGUGCGGGUUCCUUCGCCCCCACAGGAGAGGCGUCUGGCGGUGCCCCACCCUUCCCCAGAGCAGGCUUUUGCACACUCUAGAAAAACAUCCUAUGAGUUUGUGCAUUUUUAUUCUUGUCUCUAUAAAUUGUAUUUUUGCUAAUGGGGAUUGGGAGAUAGACUUAGUUUUUAAAAAAAUAUAUAUGGGUUUUGGUUACACAGUGUAGUGGAAAUCUGUUCCACGUAUGUGCAAGGCUGUCCCGUGUGUCCGGCGGAACUGAGCGUGGCUGCCCCCCCAACAGGUGAGCUGUCCCAGCGGGUCCAGCCCUGGCGGAGGAGCCCAGAAGGUUCGGUGCAGGGAGCCCCGGGCAGGGCGGGUGGGGAGGUGCCAGCUGGCCGGGAAGUAGCAGCUCCGUGAGCCGUCCCUGACCAGGGGCCGGGUGCCCCGUGGACGCCAGUCUGCGCCCAGGGAGGAGCCACGGGGAGCUCACCCCCGUGAGGCAGGUCAGGACCUCGGCGUCUAGAUCCCGAGCCGGCACGUGCGUCCCUCACGCUGCAACUGUGUCAUGGGGUGUCACUUUGCGUCCAGGUCUUUGAUCUGGAUCUUACAGAACAGAAAGGUUGACACAGCCAGGAACUUUUUGAGAAAAAUCCUGAAGUUUGAGGACAUUUUGACAAGUAGGGGACAGGAGGGUUUCUGUUUUGUCAGCUAAACCUGAAGUGUUAAUUCUGCGGUCCCUGGGGACCACUCAGGUACGGCUUUGCUGGGGCCGCCGUCCGGCUGGGGGAGGUAGCGCUGUGGGGGGGUCUCAGGCGGCGCAUGUUCAGGGACUCGAGCCGGGGCUCUCCCGGGAGGGCUGAGGUUGCGGACGGCUGCCGGCCGGGUGGACACUGCCACCCCUUCCGCGGCCCGGUCACCUGCUCACAGCGUCAGGGCCCACCUCUCCCGGCAAGGGGUGCCAAAGACUGCAGUUUGCAUUCGGAGUCUCAACUGUUCAUCAUCUUUUCCUAUUUUGGAGGGGUUUUUUGGUAUUUAAAAAGAAUUAUUUUUAAAUGUACAAGCCGACAUCUCACAAGGCAUCGAUUUCUCUGGAAUUCAUUCUUACUCAACUGAUUUCAUUUAUGCCCAGGCUUUAGAAUCGCUGCUUUCCCUGUGAAGACGGCGUUUCUCCCCAUCAUUUCCAAGAGCUACACGGCAGCGGUGGCAGCUGUCCGUCCUCACGGGGCGCAGAUCCGAGGGUGGGACCGGCACGUCCGUGGAGGGCCGCACACUCCCCGCUUUCCCCAAAUAAGUGAGUAGAUAAACGCAACACAGGUUCCCAAAUAGCCUCCACUGGAAAGGCGAGGUCUGCCCCAGUCUUCACCCUGAUCCAGCAGGAUGAGGACAAUUGGCUAAUUUUCCCAUCUCAGAAUUCUGUGAAAUUAUGGCAUCUCUCAAAAGAUUCCUUUUUAUCAACCCCAAACUAUGUAAAGGGAAAGGGCAGAGUAUUUGUGUUCAGGGUGUGUCCAGUUACGUGUGUCCUUGUCCCCUGAUCUGUCGUGUGACAAUCUCCUUGAGUGUGGUGGCUGGUGGGUGGCUCAGCACUGGCCGUGCGAGUGCUGGGGCUCACGUGAUGCCGUGGCCGGGGGCGGGGGGCAGACCUAGGGAAGCGUCUGACCCGCCAGGUGCCAGACGGGUUAGGGUUAGGGUUAGGGUUAAGGGACGGCAGGUCUGACUGGGUCGUGGCUUCCAGCUGAGAUGGCGUGUCAGCCCCUCCGUCCGUGACAUGCUCCUGCCGCCCCGCAGGGCCGGUGCCCUUCCUCGUUCGCUGUUAGAGUCCCAGCCGAGGACAGUGACCUCGGCCAGGCGACGCCGAUGGUACACAGGGAACUGGUGGCCGCACUAAACGCGAACACCAGCGACUAAAGCACAGUCUACGGAAUGUAGUGAGUGAGUCCCUAAAGCUGUCUGCUCUUCCAGGCUUUGGGUUAUAUGCUUUUAAUUUGAUUUUAGAAUCUGGACACUUUAUAUGAAUGUAAUUCAGCCAAGAAACGUGUUGCUCAGAUACAAUCUCCAGUGUCUAUGUGUACCUGUGUAUAUACCACACGCCACAGCCCGCAUCCGAGCAUGAGACGCUGUCCUGUACAGACAAAGGAUUUGAGAUGUUCUCAAUAAAACAAUGUUUCACUA